UUGAAUGACUAUUUCAGACUAUCCGCCACUUCCACUUUGUGCAACCUGAAAUUCCUUUCGCUAGGCGCUUGUCAGCUGGAUGAAGCAGAAUGUGUUUUGCCUGCUCUGAGGGGCAUGUGUUCGUUGGAAAGAUUCCUCUACUGCGAGAAUCCUCUAGUCGAAAAGACUAAGGAAUUGCAAGAGGAACUGCCAUCAAUUAGGUUGAUCCCUUACUAUCUGUGA